GCCCCGUCUGGCCGGGCGAGGAUGGCUGGCUGCCGCCGGGGGCCCUCGGAGUGAGGUUGUCCCUGGCAACCGGCAGCCCGAGCCGGGCGCGCCAGCCAUGGGGAAAUGCAGCGGGCGCUGCACGCUGGUCGCCUUCUGCUGCCUGCAACUGAUAGCGGCCCUGGAGAGGCAGAUAUUUGACUUCCUUGGUUAUCAGUGGGUGCCCAUCCUGGCUAAUUUUCUACACAUCAUGGCUGUCAUCCUAGGAAUCUUUGGCACCGUUCAGUACCGAUCCAAAUACCUCAUACUGUAUGCAGUAUGGCUCGUACUGUGGGUUGGAUGGAAUGCAUUCAUCAUCUGUUUUUACCUGGAAGUAGGACACCUUUCACAGGACAGAGACUUCAUUAUGACCUUUAAUACAUCACUGCAUCGUUCGUGGUGGAUGGAGAAUGGGCCCGGUUGCCUGGUGACGCCCAUCCUGAACUCGGAUCUGGCCAUUGAGGACCACCACGUCAUCACGGUCACUGGGUGCUUCCUUGAUUACCAGUAUAUCGAGGUGGUGAGCAGCGCGAUGCAGAUAUUCCUUGCGCUCUUUGGAUUUGUCUACGCCUGCUAUGUCAGCAAAGUGUUUAUGGAGGAGGAAGACAGCUUUGAUUUCAUCGGUGGAUUCGACUCGUACGGCUACCAGGCUCCACAAAAGAUGUCACACUUACAGCUACAGCCUUUGUAUACCUCUGGUUAAACUGUUAACAUCACCUGCUGUGAACUGGCUUUUGGGAGCUAUGCAAUAGUGAAAGGCAAGCAGGACAUCAAAUCCAAUGGAUUCUUCUGA